UUAGAAAUUUAAAACUGAAAAUACUAUUUUUAAAUUUAAUUUAAAAUGUUAAGUUGUUUGAGUAUUUAUUCAACGUAGUGACUAAUUACGCCUUUUAUAAUUUUAUGAUGGCAGCGUCUCUCGUGGAAGACUUGAAAAUUGUUUGCAAUUCAACAAUCAACACAGAGAUUUUUAGUUAAAAUAAAUCGAAAAUAUUACCUAUAAGAUGUUGAUACUACUAGGAUACAGAGAACGAAAAGAAAUGAAGUCUGGUGUUAAGUUUAAUAAUUCUUAUUUAUGUUAGUUGAAUUUAUUUACGCUAAGAAAUUAUUUAGUCUUGUUAUAUAAUUGCAAAUUAAAUAUUUAUGCUUACAUUUGGUUUAUAGUUCCUUUUAUUUAUUCGUUUAUAUAUACAGGAUGUCCUGUAAUCUAUACUAAUAUUAUAAAGCUAAAGAGUUUGUUUGAUUGAACGCGCUAAUCUCAGUAACUACUGGUCCAAUUACAAAAAAUCUUUCAGUGUUAUAUAGCCCAUUCAUCGCGGAAGGCUAUAGACUAUAUAAUAUCCUUGUAUUCCUACGGGAACUGGAACCACGCGGGUAAAACCGCUCGGCGUCAGCUAGUUAAUGGAUAAAACGCAAAUAGUAGAUACACCACCUAAUUAUCUAAAACUAAUUUGAUUGGUUUUCCAAAAAUCCCUAGGUUGACUAAGUUAUAUUUUUUGGGUUAUUUUAAAAUUUUCUAUCUUAGAUGAGUUUUUUAAUGCUGUAGCUGCUGGAAUUACGAUUUUGAAGAUCUGAUUUUUGUUUAUGAAUUAAUUACGAGACAUCCUGUAUAUGUCUAAAAAAAACUUUGUUGCUCUGUUUACAUCAACUGGUGACUGAACAAAAACGCAUUUCCGAAUAUAAAGCAAUUGGGAACGUCGGCUCGAAUUUACAAUGGAUAUAAAUGUUUACUGCCAUUUGAGUUGACACAAAUAGAAGGCGAUCACGCAAUCCUAGCUUUACUCGUAAACUAUUGCGACACUAAAACUUGGAGAUAAACAUUCCUAUGUUUUUUAAUGUGGGUGUUAAAUAAUGCAACAAUCAAAUAACCCCACCUGCUAUAUGUAGAAAACAAGUACCAAUGUAUUAAAAAAAUCGGAAUCAUGAGGUGGGCUGUUUUCUAGAAUCUCGAUGUUAUAAUUAUUAUAAUUUUAAAAAAAUUUAAAAUUCAUUUUGUAAUUCAGCCAAAACGUGUCUGCAGUACUACAGUGCAAAUAAAAAUUAAUUAGGUACCUAAGUUUAAAUCAAAUGAAAACGAAUAAGCAUUGAUAAAGUAUCUGCAGCACUACUUGUGCAUAUUGAAAGUAAUUGUAUGUAAGUAUAAAUCAAAUGUAAACGAAUACCCGUAACAAAACAAAACACCUUGAUUUUAUUACAGAAAGAUUAGUUGCACUACAAAAAGGUUCUAUCAAUGUUUCGAUCAAUGUAACAUUAACAGAUAUGUCACUGUCAACCACACAACAUAAAUUUCAAUAAUAACAUCGCAUUAUUAAAUAGUAAUAAACAUGAAAAUUAAAAACAAGUAAACGAUUAGGACAACAAAUAUGAAUCAAAUGUUCUGGAUAAAUUGCUUUAAAAAAAAUUUGCGGUAAACCUCAUCUUAUCAUCAAUAUAGGUACUUAGGUAAUAAUCACCAGAUAAGUUUGUAAACAACUAACGCUGAAAAACUCAAGAGAAUACGGAUAAUAUUAGAGAUAUUCGCUUUUAACGCUUGCAAACUUUUCUAGUACCAAGUUAAAUAAAUUUCCAUUUACAUGCAAAUCGAAUAAGAAAACUUUUUACGCUUCGCCAUUCAGAUAACUUAAAUAAUUUAAAGUCUCAAUCUUUUGCAAGUAAUAUAGGAUUAAGAGCCGUGAUAGCCCAGUGGAUAUGACCUCUGCCUCCGAUUUCGGAGGGUGUGGGUUCGAAUCUGGGGCAUGUACCUCCAACUUUUCAGUUGUGUGCAUUUUAAGAAAUUAAAUAUCAUGUGUCUCGAAACGGUGAAGUAAACAUCGUGAGGAAACCUGCAUACCUGAGAAUCUUCUUAAUUCUCUGCGUGUGUGAAGUCUGCCAAUCCGCAUUGGGCCAGCGUGGUGGACUAUUGGCCUAACCCCUCUCAUUCUGAGAGGAGACUCGAGCUCAGCAGUGAGCCGUAUAUGGGUUGAUAACGACGAUAGGAUUAGUUUGAAAAUUUAAACUUAUACAGAAUUUUUUAUCAAGAGUUAGUUAGUUUAAAUUUUAUUUCACAUCAAAUUUCCCUUUUUAUUUUAAGACGUUGUUACUGAAAAAUUACUUUCCGAAUUUUUGAUGCCUCACAAUAACCCAAUAACGAAGAUCUGAAUAUUUAAACAAAACACACAGGCUUUAUCAAAAUUUUAGAUACAAUGCAACCUAUGCAAUCUGUGGAUCAGUUCCAAUAUUUUUUUUAAUCACUUUUAACUAUCGUAAUGUAUGCUUUACCUACUAUUAAUGUAAUAAAUACAUUAAUAGUAGGUAAUAAGGACGUUCUCCAUUAAAUCUACUAUUCAGAUAGACCAUUUCACAACGUAACACAAUGGUGGUACCAGCAGUAGGUAUAGACCUUGGCACUACAUAUUCUUGUGUUGGUGUGUUCCAACACAGCAAAGUUGAAAUCAUUGCUAACGAUCAAGGCAACAGAACAACGCCUUCGUAUGUCGCCUUUAAUGACUCUGAGAGGCUCAUCGGAGAUGCUGCUAAGAAUCAGAUUGCUAUGAAUCCAAAAAAUACAGUCUUCGACGCCAAACGUUUGAUAGGUAGAAGAUUUGAUGACCCUCACGUGCAACGAGACCUAAAACACUGGCCGUUCCAAGUUGUAGCAGAGAAUGGUAAGCCCAAAAUUGUUGUUGAGUACAAGAAACAAGAGCGAAAAUUUAGUCCUGAGGAAAUAUCUUCGAUGGUUUUAACGAAAAUGAAAGAGACUGCUGAAACGUAUCUUGGUGGAACUGUGAAAGACGCUGUUAUAACAGUUCCAGCUUACUUUAAUGAUUCUCAGCGUCAGGCCACCAAAGAUGCAGGUGUGAUCGCGGCACUCAAUGUGUUGAGAGUCAUCAAUGAGCCAACUGCUGCGGCUCUUGCCUAUGGUCUAGAUAAAGGUUUAAAAGGAGAAAAGACCGUCCUUAUAUUCGACCUGGGUGGUGGCACAUUUGAUGUGUCUAUACUUCAAAUAUCAGAAGGAUCUCUGUUUGAGGUGAGAUCUACAGCAGGUGAUACGCAUCUAGGAGGUGAAGAUUUUGAUUCUCGAAUGGUAGAUCAUUUGUGUCAAGAAUUCGAAAGAAAAUAUAAGAAAAAAAUGUCGGAUAAUCCAAAAGCGUUAAGACGACUGAGAACAGCGUGUGAAAGGGCUAAACGUACACUAUCAUCCAGUACCGAAGCUAGUAUAGAGGUAGAGGCCUUACAUGAAGGCAUAGAUUUAUAUUCAAAAAUAACAAGAGCUCGUUUUGAAGAAUUGUGUUCAGAUUUAUUUCGCCAAACUCUUGCACCAGUUGAAAAGGCACUUAAAGAUGCCAGUUUAAAUACCAGAGAAAUUCACGAUGUAGUUAUGGUUGGUGGCUCAACCAGAAUACCAAAAGUUCAAAGACUACUACAGGAUUUCUUCAGCGGAAAAACCCUAAACCUAUCCAUCAACCCUGAUGAAGCAGUUGCUUAUGGAGCAGCAGUUCAAGCAGCUAUAUUAACCGGUUCUAAAGAUACUCGAAUUCAGGAUGUCCUCCUCGUAGAUAUAAUACCGCUAUCUCUAGGAAUAGAAACUGCAGGAGGAAUCAUGACGCGAUUAGUUGAAAGAAAUACACGGAUACCGAUUGCCCAAAAGAAAAUAUUUAGCACAUACGCCGAUAAUCAACCUGCUGUGACAAUACAGGUUUAUGAAGGUGAACGGGCUAUGACGAAAGACAACAAUUUAUUGGGUACCUUCAAUUUAACUGGUAUUCCACCAGCACCUAGAGGAAUUCCACAGAUCGAAGUAACUUUUGAUAUCGAUGCGAAUGGUAUUCUUAGUGUAAGUGCAUACGAAUCAUGCAGCGGUCGUACGGAGCAAAUCACCAUAUCAAACGACAAGGGACGUCUCAACAAGAACGAAAUAGACAAAAUGCUUCAAGACGCAGAAAAAUUCAGAGCUGAUGAUGAAGCUAUAAGAAAAAGAGUGGAAGUCAAAAAUCAGUUAGAAGCGUACUUGUAUGGAUGUAAAAUGGCAGCCGAAAACGCGGGUGUUAGGUUAACUGACAGCGAAAAAGACGCAGUCAUCACUGAAUGCUCAAACCAGCUCCGUUGGCUUGAAUCAAACCCUGACGCACCGCAAGAAGAACUCGAGAACCGUUUAAAAGCAGCUCAAGCUGUUUGUUUGUCGCCAAUGAUGAAGCUACACGGAGCUGUACCAGGCAGCGCUCCGAGUUGUGCAAGGCCACCUAGUUCUGGCGGCCCAAGAGUUGAGGAGAUGAAUUAGAGACCUACCUAAUUAUAAAAAAUAUAUAUUAUCAGCAUAGUGUAUGAUGAUAGAGACGUAAACGACCGGAAAAAUCUGAUGGGUCGAGUUAAUUUAGUUGGCAAUAUAUAACCUACCAUAUCCUGCAUCAUUUCAUAUUCUUUUUAUAUUUAAAAAUACAUUGCUCAACACUGCGGAGUUUAUGAAGAUAUAGACAUCUGAAAACGACUAAAUAGAUCUGAUGGACCGAGUUUUGUUUGGCAAUAUACCAAUAUCCUCUAUACACCUUAUUUGCUAAUAUAUACAGCUCAAAACGGCUGAGUGUAUAAAGCUAAAGAAUAUUGUAGACGACCGAAUAAACCUGAUGGGCCGAGUUGAUUUAGUUAAAAAUAUAUCAAUAUUUGCCCGAUUUGCAAACAGCUUACCGCUCACAACAGCAACGGCGUGGAAUGUAUGAAGACAGAGACUGCUGCAGACAACCGGACAUACCAGAUGGAUCUAGUUGAUUUAGUUGGCAGUAGGUUCUUAUACCAAUAUACCUACUUCUAUAACCCGUCCUAUUAAAAAAAACAGUUCGUGUUAAACCUUCUUCGACCUGCCAACCGGAUGGAUUCAGUUGAUAUACAAACUAUUCUGCAAAAGAAGAAAUGCACAUGAAUUAAUCUACCAAUGAUCAAAAGAUAGUAGAAGCAACAAUAAAAUAUUUAUCUAGGUA